UUCAAGUACAAUCAAAAACCUUGAACUGAUACUUCUCACAAUAAAAAAAAUAAUAAUUUACAUGCUCAGAAACAUCAACAGAGCUUAUCGCAGCCGCUCCUGUCUCAGCAAAAAAAAAACUUUUCCCGUAAUAAAGUCCAUAUAGAACAUUUUUAAUUUAGUACAAAGUUUCGCAUCGUCGCGUGAAAAUGAUAGGUUUCAUUCGAUUUAUUUUAGUAUUUUACGGAAUCGCGGUAAAACUAACAACUGGAGCUUACGAAGUCGGAGACGAACAUGCUUUACGUACUGCGAAAAAAAAUGAAAUACUCAAAUAUAUGAAUUUGAAAGCCGAUCCAUGUAAUGAUUUCUUUGAUUUUGCGUGUGGCAAAUGGUCUCAAUACCAGUCUACAAUAUCGGUCGGAAAGGAAGACGACCUGAUAACAGUAGAGAGUCAAAUGGAAGAACGCAUUAAUAAGGAUUUACAAUUAUUAUUAAAUGAAAAUAUAAACAAACACGACACUCCGAGCACACGUAAAGUUAAGCAUUUUUACAAAUCUUGUGAGGUCGCAGAAAGAUUCUCUACAGACUUUUUAUUAGACUUUAUAACUAGACAUGGUGGCAUACCAUCGUUAUCUACAACGAAUUGGCGUGCUAACUAUGAUUGGGUAGAAACGAUAGCAAAACUACGUGCUAGUUAUGGUAUGGACAUUUUAAUAGGCUUGGAAGUUAAUUCAAAUCCACAUAAUGCAUAUGGCAAAAGUAUUUUUAUUGGAGAACCAAAGGAAACUCUAAUACCUGUGGAAUUAUGUAGCGCUGUUGGGACAGAACUAAUUGAUGUGAAACAUGACAUAUACAAAGAUAUAGAAAAAGCUGUUUUUAAUGAUAUGAAAAAAUGGUUUUCAAUGGGAAAUAAUGAAGCCAACAUAUUUGCAGGAGACGUUGUUAGAUUUGAAUUUGAACUAUGCAAGAAAAUGCGUUUAGAGCAAUCAUUGACAUCGAAUAAAGAAACAGAACCAGAAGAAGAGAGAGAAAGAGAGAGAGAGGUACGUGGUCGUACGGGAAAAAAUAGGCUGAAUCAAAAUAAUCGUUACGCACAACAAACGCCUUUGAUUAGUUUGCCGCAAUUGACACAGCAAUAUGAAGGAAAUAUAAACUUUAAACAAUUCGUUGAUGUCAGUUUUGAUACUGCAAUCAAUGAUCAAGUUUAUUUACGUUCUGAACAAUAUUUCGAACAUUUAAUACGCACAAUUAAAAUCUUCACGAAGCCCACAUUAGCGAAUUAUAUAAUGUAUAGGGCGCUACUUGUUUUAAAUUUUCCAAGCGAUGAUGAUAACCUUAAUACACAUCGAAAACAUUGUGUCAAGCUUUUACAACGUUACUUUCCCAAAGUUAUAGGGGAAAUGUAUAACCGUAGGAAUCAACGCAUGCCAGUAAAAAAUGAUGUAGAUAAUUUAUAUAAAGAUAUUAAUACGGUCUUCAAUGAAGCGCUUAAUAGCGAUUGGAUCACUGAAAAUUCAAAACGAACAAUUCGGCAAAAGGUUGCAAAAACAAAAGUCAAAUAUCCACUAUAUCAAAACAUAGAUCUCAGUAAUUUACAUAUAGAGCGCUUGGAUUACUGGCGUAAAUUAGAAGAAAUUAUAAAGUUUCAUGCUAAAGAACAGCAAAGUCCUUUAUAUGAUACAAAUCUUAUAAAUGAAUAUGAUGUAGAAGCAGAUGAUAUAGCAAUAAAGUAUAUACCAAAUCAAGAUGAUAUACUUGUGAGUUGGGGAUUUUUACAAACACCACUCUAUCACUAUGUAUAUGGAAAGUCGCUUAAGUAUUCAGUACUUGGACAACGUUUAGCACGUGAAUUAAUAAGUGCACAAGAUGAACAAGCCUGGCAAUUGGAUACAAUGUCGGCAAUGGUGUGGGAUAGUUUUACAUUAAACGGCUUUCGCAAUCGCAGUGAAUGUUUUCGUCAACAAUAUAGCAAUUAUUUACACAAUGAUCCUGAUGAAUUUCAAAAUGCUUUAAAAUUAAGAGAAAUUAUUGCGGAUAGCGAUGGUUUAAGUCUCGCCUUUAACACCUAUUUAAAUUGGUUAUCAAAAAUGGAUCCUGAAAGCCGUGGCCCACUAAUGCGUGAAACAUUACCAGAUCUAAAUUAUUCAAAUACACAAUUAUUUUUUAUUAAUUUUGCACAGGCACGUUGUGCAGCUGCAUAUGUGGCUGAACAACCGUCAGAGAUGUUUCCUUUUGAUCAACAAACUGAAGAACGUUAUGAUGUUAAUGGACCAUUGUCAAAUUUCAUAGAAUUUUCGAGAGAGUUUGGUUGCGCAGCGGGUACACCAAUGAAUCCUGGUGAAAAGUGUGUGGUUUACGAUUUUAAAGUUUAAUGUAAUAAAUGUAAUAAAGUUAAAA